CAGUAGCAGCUUUACUUGGCACUUAGGUGCCAGUGGUGCACAUUCGCAUUCUAUACACUUAACCUUCAUUCUGAGGAGAUGCAAAAGGCAUUAUUCUUUGCACAUGGUUCACUAUUUGGACAAGAAUGCAGGCACAGGCAGCAGCUCUUCCAGAAUUUUCUGGUGAGGUGAGCUCAUCUGCGGAGCACCCAGAAUUUCAGAAAUUUUUGAUAAACAGCCGGAGGUUAACGGACAAGAUCCAGAAAGAGAUCAAAGUCAUCCAAAGGAGUUUGGUUCACAGCCAAUAUGAAGAGGAGAAGUUGGCAUUCAUGGAAGUCAGACUGCAGAUCCCUAAGGUGCACUUAAAAGAGUGCAUGUCUCGAGCUUUCCACUUGGAAACCUGUCUGGGAAGGGCAAAGGCUGGCCUGCAGAUGUUCCUGGACCACCUCCCUAUAGUGCAGAAGCAGUCAUCGGAAACCCAAGAGGUGGAAACUUUGAAAGCAGACCUCAGGGACCUUCUUAAUGCCUUUAGCCAGCAGGUGACCAUCCACUCCCUACCCCAGAUUGAAUAUCCUCAUCAGCCAGUGCCCACGUUUUCCAAUCAGUUUGAUGAACAGAUUGGCACUCACAUCAUCCUCAAUUAUAUGACCCGCUUUAUGAAUGACAUGUACCGCAGUCUACGGAGCCUCAUAAGGAGCUAAUGGGAUCGCGCCAGACUGGAAUUUUAGAGACAUAGUAACAUCUGAUUUGAGAUGUUUCUUCAUACUGUGUAUGGCUCAUAACUUAUUUAUG